AUGUCUAGCGGAGAGGUGCUCAAGGCGGAGAAGGACUUCUCGAAGGAAGCCGACACCCAGAUCCCAGAGGCUGAGAAACUUGGAAAGAGCAACCCACAAGCUGCUAUCGACCAACUGCUUCCGCUCGAGAAGAAGACACGCCAGGCUUCAGAUCUUGCAUCCACCAACCGAGUCAUCAUCGCCAUCGUCACAAUAGCCAAGAACGCAAAUGACUGGAACCUCAUGAACGAGCAGGUCCUCCUACUUUCGAAGAAGCAUGGACAGCUCAAGCAGGCCACCACCAGGAUGGUACAGACCGUCAUGACCUUCCUCGACGAUACCCCCAACCUCGACACAAAGCUCUCUGUUAUUGAGACGCUGCGCACAGUUACCGAGGGCAAGAUCUUCGUCGAAGUCGAGCGCGCCCGCGUUACCAGGAUAUUGUCCGAUAUAAAGAAGGAGCAGGGCGAUAUCAAUGCGGCGACAGACAUCCUUUGCGAGCUGCAGGUGGAGACAUUCGGCUCCAUGACCCGACGAGAGAAGACCGAGUUCAUCUUGCAGCAGGUUGCGCUCUGCAUAAAGAAGGGUGAUUGGACACAAGCCGGCAUUCUAAGCAGGAAGAUGAGCACACGCUACUUCCAGCGCAGGCCGAAGAAGACCCCGGAGCAGCUGGAGAAAGACCAGAAGGAGCGCGAAGAGAAGGAGAAGACUCGCAGUGCAGAUGACCCACCGAUUGAGCCUGAAGAUGAUGUCACAGACCUCAAGCUGAAGUACUACGAGCAGCAGAUCACGCUGGCGAAGCACGAUGACAAGUACCUCGACGUCUGCAAGCACUACCGACAGGUGCUGGAUACAGAGGCCGUCGAAGAGGAUCCUAAGAAGCUUCGAGCGAUCCUCCAGCGCGUCAUUUACUUCGUCAUCCUCGCACCUUACGACAACGAGCAGUCCGACCUCAUCCACCGCAUCCAGCGCGACACACGCAACUCGCAGAUCUCACAAGACGCACAACUACUCAAGCUCUUCACCAUCCCCGAGCUGAUGAGGUGGCCUAUGGUCUCCAAGCAGUUCGGUCCUCACCUGACCGACACGGACGUUUUCGACGCAGAGAAGGACGGCUCAGACGACGAGCAGGCACACAAGAGGUGGCAGGACCUGCGCAAGCGUGUCAUUGAGCACAACGUGCGCGUUGUUGCCAAGUACUACACUCGCAUCCAGAUCCCUCGCCUCACGGAGCUCCUCGACCUGACAGAGGACGAGACGGAGAAGUACAUCAGCGAACUGGUGACCGCAAAGACCAUCUACGCCAAGAUCGACAGGCCUGCACGCAUCGUUACCUUCUCCAAGCCACGCGACUCUGACGACAUCCUAAACGAGUGGAGUGGGAACAUGAAGAGCUUGCUCGGCCUUCUGGAGCGUGUGGACCAUCUCAUCACAAAGGAGGAGAUGAUGGCGCGCAUCCAGCCUGCCAAGGUUGACAAGAAGGCAGUCAAGGGCAAGGCGAAUUGA